UGCAGAAGACGUCAAUGUUCAGAGUUAAACAUCUGCCACAAGAGGGAGAGAUACAAGAGGAGAUAGCACACUCCAGCAUUUCCAUCUGGCUGUAGAUGAACCAGAAAUGAUGUGAAUAAAACACAAAAAGAACCAUCAGAGAUAAGCGAUUAUAGCAGAAAAUGACGGGACGCGUGAAAGUCGUGUGUGAUUUGCUUACUCUCCUGGGGCAUGAAAUCUGAAUCACUUUGACAAGGCUUUAACCCGAGCAAGGCUGGAUCAUCAUGAGCAGCUAGAACGGCUAGAAAAGACUUCACAGCAUCCAUCAUAAGAGUUUCUGCAAUGGAGAAAGCAAACAUCACUCAUUUGGCUGCUGUGUUCAUGAACCCCCAUAAUCAAGUGCCCGUUCUCGAUGUGCACGAUACUGUAGACACAGACUUUUACGACAUGGACUAUGGCGUACCCGCAGAGGAGAUGCCGGACACUACGCAGGGGCUGGCCUACUUUGUGGCCACCAUCGUCAUUGGAGUAGUCCUCGUCUGCAUCAUGCUGGUGUGUGGCUUUGGCAAUUUAUUGUUCAUAGUCACUCUAGCCCGAUACAAAAAACUCAGAAACCUCACCAAUUUACUCAUCGCCAACCUGGCCAUCUCUGACUUCUUAGUGGCCGUGGUCUGCUGCCCUUUCUUGGUGGAUUACUAUGUGGUCAAACAGCUCUCCUGGGACCACGGGAAAGUUUUGUGUGCCUCUGUCAACUACCUCAGGACUGUGUCUCUCUAUGUGUCUACAAACGCCUUACUGGCCAUCGCUGUCGACAGGUAUAUGGCAAUUGUUCACCCAUUAAGGCCCAGAAUGAAGUACCAGACGGCAUACUGUCUCAUAACUGGCGUGUGGAUUGUUCCAGUGCUUAUUUCCAUCCCGUCGGCUUACUUUGCUUCUGCGACAAAGGUUCCUCACGGAGCCAACCGCAGCCAAACCUUCUGCGCCCAGAUUUGGACAGUUGAUCAACAGCUAUAUUACCGCUCCUACUACUUGUUCAUCUUUGCCGUAGAGUUCGUUGGCCCGGUGCUCGUCAUGGCCAUGUGCUACUUACGAAUCUCCAGGGAACUCUGGUUCAAGAGCGUUCCGGGUUUCCAGACGGAUCAGAUCCGGAAGCGACUACGCUGUCGCAGGAAGACGGUCAUGGUUCUCAUCGGGAUCCUUACGGCAUACAUCCUCUGUUGGGCUCCAUACUACGGCUACACAAUCCUGCGCGAUUUUUACCCAACGCUCAUCUCCAGAGAGAAGAACUCUCUAGUGGCUUUCUACAUCAUCGAGUGCAUCACCAUGAGCAACAGCAUGAUCAACACCUUCUGCUUUGUCAGUGUGAAGAACAACACCGUGAAGUAUUUCAAGAGGAUUGUCCUCCUACGAUGGAAGUCCUCCUACACCUUGAGGAAGACUGUCGAUGAGACGGAUGUAAACCCCAAUCUUAGUGAAUGUAGAAAGGGAGCUGAACUGAGUGGUUUUCAUGUCACCCACAUUAUAGAUGAUUAAAGACCACUACAUAUACCGGUUGCGAAGAAAGCAUUGUUCAGUUGAUUAAACAAUCUUUCGAUCUCAGUUUCUUAAAACCAACCAUGUCAUUGUAUUAUCUGAGAGGUGACUCCACGGUACGGACACUGAACAUUUGUGUUUCAAUUACAAAUAUAAAUCGUAAUAUUAUUUUCAACAAGUGAACUAUAUUUGAACCAUGAAUCUGUAACAAGAUCAAAAUCCUGUGUCUGAUGUUGUGGUGAGAUCUUUUUUUCUGUGAAAUGUGCCAUGUUCAUACUUUUUAUACAAAUAUUAAGGGUACAGGACAAUGAUUAUUAACUCAUUCCCCACCCGCCUUUCUUAAAAAAGUUGCCUGCCAGCAUUAUUUUUUUGUGAUUUUUACAAAAGUUUCACAAAAUGCAUUCAGAGAAAAAUUUCUUUUAUAAAUAUAUAAACAAACAAUAUAUUUAAAAUGAAAGAACAGACU